GAGUCGAUUGUUGCCUUAAAGUUUGUCCCACGGGCUUUGCCGUAGAUCGUUUUUCUCUAGCUGUAGCUGGACCUCCGCACGCCACACGACAACACGGCUUCAGUUUCAAAAAAUAACAUUAAGAAAAGAAAAAUAACCAACAUUUAUUGCUUCUCGAAUUACAGCUAAACGCACCUGAGCCUCGACACAGGACACCCAUCAGUGCCUUAUUGGACUAUAACAUCAAAAUCUCAAGCUUCGGGGCCUAAUUUAGCUUACUUAGCUUAGCUUACUUGGCCUCGCUUGCUAGCCGCUGCCUCGUAAAGCAGAGAUCAAGUGUGAACGGAAAGUGUUGUGAUUUUCCCCAAAAAUGCGCACAAGAAGAAAGGCGGAAUACGAGGAGCAACCUUGUUGGGCAAAAGAGGACAGCGGGGCUGUUUUCAACAAUUUUCGAUCUCGAUUAGGCUCACGCGGAGCAGACAUCACCAAAGAUGUUUGUCCUGAGCAGCUGGAUGCAGAGCCUUCUCACAUUAAAGAGGAAGAUGAGAAAAAAGAGGUCUCCCACUUGAAAGAGGAAGAGGAGCAGCAGGCCCAAUAUAUUAAAGAGGAGGCGCUACAGCACCCAUACACGAAAGUGGAGGUGGAUGAGCCCCCUGACAUCAAAGAGGAGGAGGAGGAGGAGGAGAUUAUCAGCAAGGGGCCAUUUGCUGGCGUCCUUCUGGAAAGUAUAAAUGAGGUGGACAGAGAGGCUCCAAGCAGCAGCUCAUGUCAACACAUGACAACAAACGGUGUUGGAAACCCUCAGGAAGAAUCAAAAGCAGAUGGCCUCUUAGCUCCACUAUCAGAUAGUGACAAUACAUCGUCAAAUACAGAUGAUGAGGAGAAGGAGGAGGAGGAUGAGUCUGAAGAUGAUCUGACAUGUAACACAGGCAACAAACCCUGGAAAUGUUCUCACUGUGGGAAAAUGUAUGCUUAUAAAAGUCUUUUGGAAUUACACACCAGAACACACACUGGUGAGAAACCGUUCACCUGUUCAGACUGUGGCCAGAAAUUCUCUUUUAAGCGAACCUUAACAGCUCACAUAAGAACACACACUGGUGAGAAACCCUUUUCCUGCUUAGUUUGUGGCCAAAGAUUCCGUUGGAGGGGAUGCUUAAAAAAGCACAUAAGAACACACACUGGUGAGAAACCUUUUGCCUGCUCAUAUUGUGGCAAAAUAUUCUCUGUGAAGGCAAACUUAAAGAAGCACGUAAGAACCCACACUGGUGAGAAACCUUUUACCUGCUUAGUUUGUGGCCAAACAUUCUCUUGGAAGGAAAGCUUAAUAAAUCACACAAGAACCCACACUGGUGAGAAACCUUUUGCCUGUUCAAUUUGUGGCCAACGAUUCUCUCAGAAGGGAGACUUACCAAAGCACACAAGAACUCACAGUGGUGAGAAACCUUUUUCGUGCUCAAUUUGUGGCCAAAGAUUCUCUCGAAAAGGAACCUUAAAAAUACACACAAGAACCCACGCUUGUGAGAAACAUUUUGUGUGCUGAGUUUGUGGCCAAAGAUUCUUGUGGGAGCAUCAGAUUAAGAAUCACAAGUAUGUUGAUAAGAUGAACAGUUAUCAAUUAAGUUUUCAGCUUGCAUCUGUGCAGGCUUCAUGAUUUCAUGCACCAAGGCUGAUUGUAAGUUCCUUUUUAUCGGGAUGCUGAACUUUUCUUUCCCUUGGCUGCAUUGAAAAUAAAUUUUGUUUUAUCUAAUUACAAAAUCUAGCAUUUUCCUCAGGGCUAUAAUACUUUUGGAUUCUUUGUGGGUGUUUGUUUUCAUUUGGUUGUGAUAUGAGGUUUUUAAAUAUAGUUUGUUUUAUCAUGUUUACAAAGGUUUGGCCAUUUGUAAUAGUUCUUGUUUUUUUCCCUCCUCAAAUUUGAACCAUUUUUAAAUCGUAUAAAAUGUAUUCUGUCUUCAAUUUUAUGACAUGUCUUCAUUUCUCCCCACCCACUUGCUGUCAAUCACCUUUGUAGGUGCUCAAAGUUGAAAGGGCAGUUGGGAUGUGGAGGUUGUUUUUUAAUGAGCGACGAAAAAACAUUAAUUUAAUUCGUGCACAAAAUGCUAAUUUGAGGGCAUUUUAUAUAAAUGUGAAUGUUUCAAUCCUGUGUCAUUUAGGCCAUGAAUAAAGUACUACAAAUGUA